AUGGCACCUAGUGAAAUUUCGAAACAUACAAAAACGAAUAAUAAUACCACCGAUUCACGUAAACAAACAACAGAAACAGUCGCAGGAAUCGACACUACGAACUGGCCUACUGAUGGGACUGCACUCAUUUGUAUAGAUCCCUGGUUGAAACCUCAUGCAUCGGCUCUACGUAAAAGAUACAAUGCCUACCAGAAAUGGGUGGAUAAAAUUGAGCAACAGGAAGGUGGAUACGAUAAAUUUACCAAGGGUUACGAAUACUUUGGAUUAAAUGUUCAACCUAACGGUAAUGUUGUGUAUCGUGAGUGGGCACCUAAUGCUAUCAAGGCCUCUUUAAUUGGGGAUUUUAAUAAUUGGAAUAGAAAUGCUAAUCCAAUGAAAAAAAAUGAGUAUGGUGUUUGGGAAGUAACAGUUCCUGCGUUAUUUCCUAAUGUCCCACGAAUUCCACAUAAUACGAAAAUCUCGAUGGAAAUCCCCGGAGGGGAAAUAAUCGAUCGUCUACCAGCAUGGAUAAAGCGAGUGACCCAAGACAUGAGCGUUAGUGUGGCGUAUGAUGCUAUUUUUUGGAAUCCUACGAAUAAAUACGAGUGGAAACAUAAAGCACCGAAAAAACCUUCGAAGUUGAGAAUUUAUGAGGCUCAUGUUGGCAUAUCAUCAGUUGAAGGUCGUAUAGCUUCUUAUGACAAUUUCACCGAUGACGUGGUGAAACGAAUCGCAGAUCUCGGCUACAAUGCUAUUCAAUUGAUGGCUAUAAUGGAACAUGCGUAUUACGCGUCAUUUGGAUAUCAAGUCACUAGUUUCUUUGCUGCUUCUAGUCGUUAUGGAACGCCGGAAGCAUUGAAACGCUUAAUUGACACAGCCCACGGGUUGGGCUUAUAUGUGCUACUUGAUAUUGUGCAUUCACAUGCUUGCAAAAAUGUGCUUGAUGGACUAAAUAUGUUUGACGGUACAGAUCAUUGUUAUUUCCAUGGCGGUGGUAAAGGUCAACAUGAUCUCUGGGAUAGCCGUCUAUUCAAUUACGGCCAUCCCGAAGUUCUUCGUUUCUUGCUAUCGAAUGUACGAUUCUACGCGGAAGAAUAUAAAUUUGACGGAUUCAGAUUUGAUGGUGUGACUAGCAUGUUAUAUGUUCAUCAUGGUAUUGGGACCGGAUUUUCUGGCGGAUAUCAUGAGUAUUUUGGUGAUACUGUUGACGAGGAAGCAGUUGUGUAUCUGAUGUUGGCAAACGAUAUGCUUCAUAAAUUAUAUCCCGGGAUUUUAACUGUUGCUGAAGAUGUGUCAGGAAUGCCUGGAUUAUGUCGUCCUGUUAGUGAAGGUGGUCUAGGGUUCGAUUAUCGUCUCGGAAUGGCCAUUCCUGAUAUGUGGAUCAAAAUAUUAAAAGAAAGAAGAGAUGAUGAUUGGGAUAUCGGAAAUAUUUGCUGUACACUCACAAACAGACGAUAUAUGGAAAAAACGAUCGCAUACGCAGAAUCCCAUGAUCAAGCCAUCGUCGGGGACAAAACAAUAGCUUUCUGGCUUAUGGACGCAGAAAUGUACACCAACAUGUCAGACCUGACCCCAUUAACACCAGUAAUCGAUCGCGGGAUUGCCCUCCACAAAAUGAUUCGUCUUUUGACUCAUAGUUUGGGCGGCGAAGGUUACCUAAACUUUGAAGGCAACGAAUUCGGACACCCAGAGUGGCUCGAUUUUCCACGUGCGGGUAACAAUAAUUCGUAUCAUUAUGCAAGACGACAAUGGAAUGUGGUGGAUGAUAAGUUGUUGCGAUAUCGUUAUUUGAAUGAGUUUGAUAAAGCGAUGCAACAUACCGAAGAGAAGUUUGGAUGGUUGGAUUCGCCUCAAGCUUACAUUUCACUCAAACAUGAAUUGGACAAAAUCAUUGCAUUUCAACGCGGAAACUUACUAUGGAUCUUCAACUUUCACCCGACAAAAUCCUUUACCGACUACAGAAUUGGCACCGAGUGGGCUGGCGAGUACCGGAUUGUGUUGAAUACCGAUUCGAAGCAGUUUGGUGGACAUGAACGAAUUGACGAGUCGAUACCAUAUUUCUCAACACCUGAAGAGUGGCAUGGGCGAAAGAACUUCAUCCAGGUUUAUAUCCCAUGUCGUGUUGCUAUUGUCUUGUCUCAUAAACCGUAA